AUGUCCGCCAGCGGCACCAACCCCGCCAGCGACAAGGCCGAAGCCGGUGCGCCCAGCGAGCAUGUGAAUGCGCCAGCGCUGGACGAGGUUCCAGACCCAGACGAGGACGACCUGGACGAUCUCGACGACCUCCUUGACGAGUUUUCCGCAGCCAAGGUAACGACGACAACGACAGCAACAACGGCAGCGCCAUCGUCGACCUCGAAACCUGCAACAAAUCCCAAGGGUCCUACGAUACCAACCCUCACGACCGAUGUCCCUGUCGCAGACCCCAAUGACCUCUCGGAUGAGGAGUUUCAGAGACAGCUGCAAGCUGGUAUGGCGGAGCUCAUGGGCGAAUAUGAUGAGGACGUGAGUUUGCUCCUAGAUAGCUCUCAUAAUACCCUACGUUCGCAAUCGCAGCCCACUAAGACAGCAGAACAGCCCAAACUACAAGCACAGUUCGAGUCAUUCUUUGGCAAUCUUCGCAACUCUGGUUGGCUAAAUGCAGACGAUGAACCGGUUGAACCAGCUGGUCCCGAGCCUUCCUCUUCGUCUUCGAAAGACAAGGCUGCUCCCAGCGCCGAACAGGUGGCUGCCGAACUGAGCGAGAAUGCCUCGUUUCAAGAAACCAUUCGCAAGACCAUGGCGCGCAUGCAGGCCUCUGGAGACCAGGCCACCGCCGCCGCCGCCGCCGAGGGCUCGGAAGACGACUUCAUUGCCGAGAUGAUGAAGGCCAUGAAGGAUCUGCCGGGCGCUGACGGCUCUGAAGAGGACUUUAGCAAGGUGCUCAUGGGCAUGAUGGAGCAGCUGACGAAUAAGGAGAUUCUCUACGAGCCUAUGCGCGAGCUCAACGAAAAGUUCCCGGGCUGGAUGGAGAAGAAUGGCAAGACCCUCAACAAGGAGGACAAGGAUAGAUAUGAAGAGCAACAGCGGCUCGUGGCCGAGAUGGUUGCCAAAUUCGAGGAGCCAACAUACAAGGAUGAAAAUGUGGCGGACCGGGAAUAUAUCGUUGAUCGCAUGCAAAAGAUGCAAGCCGCAGGCUCGCCUCCAGCAGACCUCGUGGGCGAUAUGCCAUCAGCCAAGGAAGUGUUAGAUGGCCCAGACGACAAUUGUACACCUCAGUAG